AUGUAUUCACACACGCCGCCUGCCCCCCCGCCGAAGCCACCGGGGAGCCACGACACAAGUCGCCUGGGCACACCGGCAGGGUUACGACAAUCGUCCCAGCCUCCGCCGCCGCCCGAGGCCAGCGUCCGUGCAGGGGACAAUGGCGCUGCCAGCUCGUCCUCGGCGGUACAUGUUGCACAGCCGCAGCAUUUUGAUGACCCCGGGGAACAAUGGCUCCCAAAGUUCCUACAGGACAAGUCCAAGCAGGAUCUCGCCGAAAUCCUCUCUAGCCCGGCGCUUCUCUCAGCGCUGACACACUCACCUCAGACCAUCCACCCCUCGUUACGGGUCUCACACGACACUCUGCAGGUGGCAUUAGCAGAGAACAUGGAGCGCGCAGCGCACCUGCUAGACCUGGAGUCGCGCCUUUCUCACCAGCGCUCAUCCACCCAAGCCCAGCUACUGUCCACCCAUGCCCUUGAGCGGCAGUGGCGAGCCAAACAGGCCGAUAUGGACCAUGCCCUGGCGCCAUUCGCACCGGCAAGCUUGUACCAACGUUUGGGACAGGGUGUGCAGGAGCAGGAAAGCGUGUGUUACGCGCUCGAAGAAAGUUUCCUUGAGGGAGAAGGAGAUGGGGCACUCGCCACAGAGCGGGAGGCCGCAGAAUGGGCCAAGAGAUACAGAGAGGCAAAGAAACUAUAUUAUCUGCGCCAGGAAAGGAAAGAGAGAUGGGACGAAGGGCGUGUUGGCGGGUGGCGCUGA